UGGAGUGCGAGAGGGUCGCGGCCGAGAUGAUCUGACAGAUGAAAUAGAGAAAAAAGAAAGAGAAGGCGGCGUCCUCCCACACAAAACAAUGUUCCCAAAAGGCAAAGGCACACCGGUGCCGUCGGACGGCCAAGCACGAGAAAAGUUGGCUCUAUACGUCUAUGAGUAUUUGUUACACAUAGGAGCACAGAAGUCUGCACAGACCUUUUUAUCAGAGAUCCGAUGGGAGAAGAACAUAACACUCGGAGAGCCCCCUGGAUUUCUACAUUCUUGGUGGUGUGUAUUCUGGGACUUGUAUUGUGCCGCACCAGAGAGGAGAGAGACAUGUGACCACUCCAGCGAAGCGAAGGCCUUCCACGAUUAUAGUGCAGCAGCAGCCCCCAGCCCGGUGAUGGGAGGGAUGCCCCCCGGUGAGGGCAUGCCAGGAGGACCAAUGCCACCUGGCUUUUUCCAGGGUCCUCCUGGUCCCCAGGGCUCUCCUCACCCUCAGCCUCCUCCCCCUAACAGUAUGAUGGGACCUCACAGUCAGUCCUUCAUGUCGCCUCGCUUCGCUGGAGGCCCAAGAGGUCCCCCCAUCAGGAUGGCCAACCAGCCGCCAGGUGGAGGACCAGGUCCUCAUCCCAUGCUGCCCAACAUGGACCCAACAAGACCACAAGGUCAUCCUAACCUGGGGCCAAUGCAGAGAAUGAGUGGCCCUCGAGGUAUGGGGCCUAUGGGGCCUGGCCCUCAGAGCUUCGGUGGUGGGAUGAGGCCUCCACACAACACCAUGGGCCCCGGCAUGCCAGGAGUGAACAUGGGUCCAGGGACAGGUCGGCCAUGGCCCAAUCCCAACAACGCCAACUCUAUGCCUUACUCAUCACCGUCUCCUGGUGCAUACGGGGGGGCAUCUGGAGGCGGAGGCCCUCCAGGAACUCCCAUCAUGCCCAGCCCUGCAGACUCAAACAACUCUGGUGACAAUUUGUACACCAUGAUCAACACUGGACCCGGAAACCGAAAUAAUUUCCCUAUGGGCCCUGGCUCUGAUGGGCCUUUGGGAGCCAUGGCCGGAAUGGAACCACACCACAUGAAUGGAUCACUAGGCUCUGGUGAUAUGGAUGGAAUGAACAAGAAUUCCCCAAACAAUUUAAGUGGCAUUAGCAAUCCUCCCGGGACCCCAAGGGAUGACGGGGAGCUGAGCGGAAAUUUUCUCCACUCCUUUCAGAGCGAGAACUACUCUCCAACCAUGACGAUGAGCGUGUGACCCCCCUCCUUCACCCAACCCGACAUUAUUUGCCAUCAUUCCGAGGAUCCGAACUCACUAUAGGACACGGCCAAACACAUCAGCACCAAAUCAGGGACAGGCGCCAUUUUGGUUCCACACUAAUGCCAGAACGCUGAUUGGAGAAGAAUCAAAAUGGCGGGCGACUACUGCUCCUUGCUCAAAAUGAAGGACAAUUUCUCCAUUUAUCACAACCCCCAAAGUGUGAUGAAACCAGCUACUGAAAUGCAUACAUGACACGUUUUAUGUUCUUUGCAGAACCCCCCUCGUUCCCAUUUCCAUACCCCCCCCCCCCCCAAGCCCCGCCCCCGUUCUCCUCUGCCCUAGAGCGAAGAGGAAAAACAUGGUUGAAGUUUACCUCUUGUACUUUUUAUCGAUUGCUUUGUGGUGCAAGAUGUGCAGGAAAUAUCCGCUUUUGUCACUUAAAACACUGGAGAGUGUGCAUAUGCAUUGUGAGCUUGGAAAGUCUUUGUCUUGUCAUUUUACUUAUCGCCAUGCAUACUGUGUCACUAAAGUCAGUUGACAUAGGACUCAGAAUUUGCCUUUUACUCUGUGGCCACCUUUAUGAACAAUGUACCAUCCUUCCAAAAGCCCACCCGUCUAUUUAAAGAGAUUUCGAAGGGGGAAAGAUGUGAACCGAUAACGGCUUUUUAUUGUGACAACCUCCCGCAGCAUGCGAGUGCUCACAUGGUUCUUACGAUGUCACAUUGAUCCAGUUUGAUCAGUUGCAGUCUCUUACUGUCGACAGCUAACGCCACUCGGCGCUCUCAGCUGUUUCCCUUUCAAACAGCUGGACUGCUGUUGUGCGCUGUCACCGGAAACCAGACUUCGGCAUAAGAAGUGAGUGCAUGAGUGAUGAGAAUCUGUGUACAACAUACUACCUAGUGCUGCUCUUCUCUAUGUGGACACCUGCUUUAAGAUGUGGUGUAUAUCUCUGCCUGUGCUUAACACUCUGUGCUCUUCAUCGUCGUAGCCUUCUGUGUUCUUUCCGUUUUGGUUCAUUUAUGAUGAAAUGGCUAUGGAUGAGUUGCCCAUUUUAACCCCUCAUACAUAUCUGUUGGUCAUGCUCCCCCUCCCCGUAUCAUCGGCCGUCCCCCUUGGCCCGAGACCCUCCCCGUCUUGCCCACCCACAUAUUUUUUUAUAUUUUGAUACAAACUUUGACUACGUAUAUUGCCCCAGUUAUUCAGUUAGUCAAAGCUUUCUAAACUGAUUCUAGUAGGCAUCAUUAUAAACUUAGCGGCAGUCUUGUAAAUGUGAUUUUUGUUUCAUUUUUUUUUUUUUUUUCCUGUGAACAUUAUAAACAUCUGUCCUAUGUUGCCUUUAUUUGCUGAUAUUUUUUUAUUUCAAAUUGAGGAAAGAUUGCUUGUUAAUAUAAUUUUACAAUAACUUA